AAAGCAUCAACUGGAGAGGAAGUUGAGUUUUCCUUCCGAUUUUUUCGACCGUUGAGAAAAUGACGAAAAAUAAAAUCGCAAUGCAAAGGAAAAGAAAGUGAAAGAUUUGAAAAAUUAAAUAAACUAUGAACGUGAAUAAAGUUCUUUGCCAGCUCAACAGCAUUUCAUUUUGUGUGCCAAGAUUAAUAUUUUUCCAAGCGAGCCACACCCUUAGCCAUACUGUUCGCUUAUCUGACAUUCCUGAUAUUUGCACAAGUGAAGAAUGGAAUACUGUUAUCCAAGACAGCAGAGCAGCACUGCAAAGGUAUACAGCCCCUAGCAAUUCCUUGGGUUACAGGAAUCCUAUUUCAGUGAAUGCUGUCGUUCAAAGAUUACAGAAAACAUCCAGCCGUCAUAGUCAUUUGAUUAAUGCUUUUAGGCAAGUGCUGAACAACACCGACGAAGCAGCCAGCAGACUGCGGUGGCCAGGUUUGAUAACAUUACUGAUAUCUAAGGGGAUCGGCUGUCCUUUCGAAACAGAUAACUUCAUUAGUAAGAGAGCAGAAGAUGUCAUUUGGUCGUCACAAAUCCUUCUCGCCGAAAUCAUCAAUUUACUUCAUUGCCACAACGUAUUCCGUAAAGAGAACUGUAUCCUAUCUUCAUCAAGGAGAAAAAAAGAAAAUUUUAGAACAUUCAGAAGGAUGGAGCAAAUAGUGAGUGAUUAUUUCACGUCAUCGACAGUUAGCAGAUUCUCUGGAUUAAGGAAUAGCAAAGUGCUACAUCUGCUGUCAGAAGUGCUAGAAUCCCAAGCAAAAACCAGAAUUGAAAAUUUUAGAAACUUUGAUAUUCAUACUAUUUACAAUUUAAAAGCCUGGGAAAUCGACGCUUUCUAUCCACAAGGAAUACUGCUAGCUAACGGAUGCCAAGCUGCUUUAGAGUUGGCAGGAUACAGUGAACGAAUACAGAAAAUGGCAUUUGAAUUUGGACAAUCAUUUUCGUUCGCCAUUAAGGCAAAUGCAGACAUUCAACAAUUUCAAAGUUACCAAUCCACUCAGAGUUCUACAAUUAACACCUCAGGCUUGCCAGUUGUUUUGCAUUUGUCCAACAAUCCUGAAACUUUAGCAAACAUCUAUGCUUAUGGGAGACGAAUGGAUAACAUUGAUCUUGAUCAGUUAAAUUCAAUAGUAAUUUCAAGUAGAAGUGUACAGCAGGCAAAAGAAGUGAUGGAAAAAUAUGUGAAGAAAACUGAAGACAUUCUCAAUGAGUUUGAACCGAUCAAGAAAGCUGAAAUAAUUGAAUAUUUAUUUAGACUAGUAAAAACAUUAAAAAAUACUUAAUUAAAAGAACAAAUCUGGAGAUAGGCAUCACUUGUACAUUAUUGCAUAAUAAAAACUGCAUAUAAAACAGAUUUAUGAAAAUAAAUAUAAAUAUUUAGUAUUAUUUUUAUGUAUGCUUUCUAAAAAUAACACGAUUUUC